UAAUUUAAUAAACUUGAAACCAGGAUAAGGAGAACAUCACUCUCUUCUCUCCCUUCCUCUCUCAAUGUCACUCGCAGCUGCAAGCUGCUGGCUUUCUGCCCUCUCCUUAACAUCUAACUCUCGACGCUCUGCACCUCAUUCAUUUAUCGUUUUCAAAUCAUCUCACCAUCCGAAUCAUUAUCCUAUUAGAGGGAAAACCACGAAAUUACUGCCUAAAUCCGCCCCCGAGAAUGAAGCUAAGUUACUGAAAUUUCAACAAAGUCAAAGUGAUGAAUAUCCUCAUUCAAAUGCUGGAGGAAGAAGUACCAAGACUACAACAGGACGAACCCAGCCUUCAUCCCCCACGUCAUUUGGCAUACAGAAGAAGAAAGGAAAGAAGGACAAUGUGGUUGACUCAGUAGAAAAACAGGUAGAGACAGGAAAUCUUCAAGGUGCUGCUUUCCUCAAUGCUGUUGUCAAGGUUUACUGCACCCAUACUGCACCAGACUAUUCCCUACCAUGGCAGAAGCAAAGACAGUAUGCAAGUACUGGAAGUGCUUUUAUGAUUGGGGAAGGGAAGAUUUUGACAAAUGCUCACUGCGUGGAACAUGAUACACAGGUGAAAGUGAAAAGAAGAGGAGACGACACAAAAUAUGUUGCAAAGGUUCUAGCAAGAGGAGUUGAAUGCGACUUAGCUCUGCUUUCUGUUGAAAGCAAGGAAUUCUGGGAAGGGGCUGAGCCAAUUCAGCUUGGAAACUUGCCUAAUCUACAGGAUGCUGUCACUGUUGUUGGAUAUCCACUUGGAGGAGAAACGAUAUCUGUGUCUAAGGGUGUGAUAUCAAGAAUUGAGGUGACAUCAUAUGCUCAUGGGUCUUCAGAGUUACUUGGUAUUCAAAUUGAUGCAGCUAUAAAUCCUGGUAAUAGUGGUGGGCCUGCAUUCAAUGAUCAAGGAGAAUGCAUCGGAGUCGCCUUCCAGGUAUACAGAUCUAAUGAUGUUGAGAAUAUAGGAUAUGUAAUUCCAACGACAGUCGUGUCCCAUUUUCUUGAAGACUACCAAAAAAAUGGGAAAUACACUGGUUUCCCUUGUCUUGGAGUGCUAUUGCAAAAAUUGGAGAAUCCAGCUUUGAGGGCGUGCUUAAAUGUUCCAACCAAUGAGGGUGUACUUGUGAGGAAAGUUGAGCCUACUUCCCCAGCCAGUCAUGUCUUGAAGGAGGGUGAUGUCAUUGUGAGCUUUGGUAAUAUCCGUGUUGGAUGUGAAGGGACAGUACCUUUCCGGUCAACUGAGCGCAUUGCAUUUCGCUAUCUUAUCAGUCAAAAGUUUAGUGGUGAUGAAGCUGAACUUGGCAUUGUCAGGGGGGGGCAAUCUAUGAAAGUUCAAGUUCUUUUGAUUCCACGAGUGCACCUGGUUCCAUACCACAUUGAAGGAGAUCAGCCAUCAUACUUAAUCAUAGCUGGUUUAGUCUUUACAUCCCUUUCACAGCCUCUGAUAGAAGAAGAAUGUGAAGAUGAUAGCAUCGGGAUGAAAUUGUUGGCUAAAGCACGAUACUCUAUGGCGAGGUUCAAAGGAGAACAGAUAGUGAUUCUAUCACAGGUGUUUGCAAAUGAAGAAAACAUUGGAUAUGAAGAAAUAUGCAAUGAGCAGGUCUUGAAGUUAAAUGGCACUUGGAUUAAAAAUAUUCACCACCUGGCUCAUCUAGUUGACUCUUGCAAGGACAAAUAUCUAGUCUUUGAAUUCGAAGACAACUUUUUGGUCGUUUUGGAGCGCGAAUCAGCUCAAGUGGCCUCUCCCAGCAUCCUCAAAGCCUAUGGAAUUCCAUCCCAAAGAUCUGCUGAUCUGAUGGAACCAUAUUUGGACUCUGUAGGACAGAAUGAAGCUACAGAUCAACACGAGUUUGGUGACAGUCCCAUUUCUAGCUCAGAGUUCGGGUACGAGGGCCUUCUUUGGGCAUAAACAUUCUUAUAAUCUGUUCACUUGCAUUUCAAGUUUAUAUGAGUUAUUAUUCAUGUUUUUACCUCGAUUCAUUAUUAUGGAAAACUAUUCUUUUGGAGAUUGUAAUUUGUAGGUAUGUUCUCCAUAGUCACAUUUUCUAACCAAUUGAUAGAACAUUAGGUUUCUUCCUCUUAUAUUUGUAUCCUAUUUGUAUCUGUGCCCUGGCUGAAUAGAAUAGUGUAUUCAAUUCCUUAUGUUCUGUACUACCAAAUAAGAUUUCCCAAAUUUUGAAACAGUGAUUUUUGCUUGGAUGGUGAUUUU